AUGGGGCACACUGUCGAGUCAAACCCGUCGUCACCGGGACUCGAGAGGCCCAUAUUGCGGCCUUCAUCCAGAAGGCCUGGCAGUAGUGUUGAUGCCUCGGGGCCUUCCCCCUUGGGCAAAAUGGCGCAGCCCAAAUCUCUAAGGAGUCAAAGAAUGAAGCGGCUGGAUGAGGCCCGAGGGGACCGGCUGGGGGCUCAACGCAUGCGAACUUCUCCUGCAUCGCCGAGAAGGGAUGAAAAGCGAGACGCAUUCGUGGACAGCAAAGGCCAUCAUUCUCCUUCUCGAGGCCUCAGCAGCAAGAAUACACCAAGGGGGAAAUCCCAUCGGGAACCUGCAGCUGCGAAGGGCGCGAAGAAGGCAGCUGGGAGUCCUAGAAAUGACCCCCAGACCCCACGAGAAAGCCAGCAGACCCCAAAUGACGCGAGCGUCAGCCCCUCUGAGAAAUCAGCUAUAUCCCCUUCAACUGAGACCAGUGCUCAGGACCUUCGCCCGUCGUGUGCUCCCCAGGGCUCCUCAGGGGCGGAAUCUUCCCAGCAGGCGCCCCUUCGGUGUUCAGACUUGACACCUGCUGAGAUGCCCGAAACGGCCCUCCAGAAGCAGAACUCCGAGUUGAUGCGGCAAAACGUUCUCCUGAGGCAGGCGCUGUUGGAACACAUUAGCAAGGAGGAGCUUCUAUUCCUCUUGGCUUACAACACCCCGAGCGUCCCCACCAGAGACGCUGGAGACGCACGAUUCCUGCAAGGCCUUGCCCCUAACCCAGAGGACUCAAAAGCUUCGGAUGCCCCCUCAACAGGCCCAGAAAAAGAUGAAGGAGAUGAACAUAAACACAGCAGCAGGGCUCGGCACAUCGACCUCCCCUGCGUGAGGGAUUUUUUCACAGCAAUAAGCUGUUGCCCGGGGCCGUCCAAUGACGAGCCCCUCCCCGCGUCAGAAGGGACCGUUGCUGUCGCUGUUGCUGCCGCGGCAGAGAGCAGCUGCCCUCUCGAAUCCUUGACAACUCGCGAACCAGACACAAUCAAAAAGGAAGCAGAUGAAUCCUCCCCAAUUGCUGUGGACUUCGAUCCCUUCGGGCUGCAAAAAGAUCAAACAGAGACUCAGAUCCCCCCAGUAGAAGCCGAAAGCCAGCGCUCGACCGUGUCUUCCUCCACAACCUCGACCAAUCUAUAUCGGCGUUCCUUGGAGGGGGGCUCUCUUGCACCGCUUUCUACUCUUGGCGUGGGGGGUCCCCCCAUCCACCCCACCUCCUCCCUUGGCUCCCUGAAGCCCGCGCCAUCUCGCGUCAGGCCCCGCGCCGCAAGGGGAUCCAUGUUCUACCCUUCUAGCUAUCGCCUUAAUACAGUGCUGCCUCAAGCGUUUCCCUUGUAA